AUGGACGUAGAACAAGAAUACGAUUUAUUUAUAAUAGAAGGCUCUGGAGGUCUUGCUUGUGCCAAAUAAGCGGCAAAAUUAAGUGCUAAAGUUGCUUUGGCUGAUUUGGUUAAACCAUCACCUUUAGGAAUUAAAUGGGGAUUGGGAGGAACAUGUGUUAAUGUAGGUUGCAUUCCAAAAAACUAAUGCAUUUUGCAGCUACUUUAGGAGUAUUAAGACAUGAUUAAGUAGAAGCAGGGUAUUUUUAAUUUUAGAUGGAUUGAUACAUAAAUUGAUUCAAAGCAUAAUUGGAAAAAAUGGUUGAAAAUGUGA